AUGUUUCGCAAGAAGAAAAAGAAGAGGCCUGAGAUAUCAGCGCCCAAGAACUUUGAGCACCGUGUCCACACCUCGUUUGAUGCCAAACGUGGCUGCUUUGUGGGCCUGCCGACCCAAUGGCAAAGCCUCAUAGAGAACCUGCGCAGGCCCAGACCCAUGGUAGACCCCUCCAGGAUCACAGAGGUGGAACUGAGGCCAAAGAAGACUAUUGUACGUGGGAGCAUGAUCGGUCACGGAGACUACAUCGCAGCCAUGAUCAAUGACAUGAGCCGCCUGUCUGUGACCAGUUCCAACUCUUUGAGAAAGAGCAGCCCCUCAGCCAGGAAGAGGGCUCAGUCUCUGGGAAGGCUGGGAGAGGUCAACGAGGGAGACACCUACCAGUACGAGGGCCUGACCCAGGACGAAGAGGAUGACGAGGAUGUGGCUCAUGACCAGUGGAGGGACAAAGCCAGGAACAUCCACAGUGAGACCAACACCCCCUAUUUAGGCAUGAAGAAGAGCAUCACUCUGCAACUUAAUGGGAUCUUACCAAAGGCCAAGUCCACCUAUGAAGUCAGCGUCAGCUCUCUGGAGGGACCCUCACAACCGGCUCAGCACCAGAACAUCCAGAUGCCAAGCCACGGCUCUUAUAUGAGCAGUGAGGUGGGCAGCCCUCAAGAGAGAGUGAUAUGGAAGAGAGAUUUCCAGCUGCCCAGGGGAAUGCCACCAAGUCAAAGACCUAUAGCGUGUUUCUACAGCCCAGCUAUGACUGUACAACCGCCACAUGGAGAUCAAGGCACAGUCACCACAGAGCUCCGGCCCAACAUACCGAUGUACAUGCACCCCCAGAACAGCCCAGGGAGGCCGUUCUCCUCCUAUGACCUGAAAGCAGAGUCGACAGUAAGGUACCACUCCGGCUUCCUGCCCACUGGCACCAGCAGUCCUCUUGUGAGUGGCAUUAGACCCCAGCGGACUGUGCGCUCUUCAGCUAGCUACACCCUGGGCCUGUCUCCUAACAUGGGACUGAGACCCAAUGGGCCGGACCCUUUCCUCAGACACUCUGGAUGCCCCAAUCCUCCUUAUCCCCGGCAGGACAGCCCAUCCCAACCUCGACCCUCCCCUACAGGCUCGCUGGCCACUAGUCCUCCAGGCACCUGUUCCCCUGCUUUCAGACCUCCACAACACCCUUCACCCAGACCACCGCCAGACCCACCAAAGGUGACCCAUGAACAGUUCAAAGCUGCCCUGCAGAUGGUGGUAGACAAGGGCGAUCCACGCUCUUACCUAGAGAACUUUGUGAAGAUUGGGGAGGGUUCGACGGGGGUGGUGUGUAUUGCUACAGAGAAGCACAGUGGCAGGCAGGUGGCAGUGAAGAUGAUGGACCUGCGGCGGCAGCAGAGGAGGGAGUUGCUUUUUAAUGAGGUGGUAAUCAUGAGGGACUAUCAGCACAGAAACGUGGUGGAAAUGUUUAAGUCCGCCCUGGUGGAGGAGGAGCUCUGGGUUAUCAUGGAGUACCUGCAGGGUGGUGCGCUAACCAACAUUGUGUCUGAGACCAGGCUGACUGAAGAGCAGAUUGCCACAGUGUGUGAAGCUGUCCUGCAAGCCCUGGCCUAUCUCCAUUCACAGGGUGUCAUCCACAGAGACAUCAAGAGUGACUCUAUACUCCUCACAUUAGACGGAAGGGUCAAGCUUUCAGACUUUGGCUUCUGUGCCCAGAUCAGUAAGGACAUCCCCAAGAGGAAAUCUCUGGUGGGAACACCCUAUUGGAUGGCCCCAGAAGUCAUUUCCAAAUCACCAUAUGGCACUGAGGUGGAUGUUUGGUCCAUGGGUAUCAUGGUGGUGGAGAUGGUGGAUGGAGAGCCCCCGUACUUCAGUGAAACUCCUGUUGCAGCUAUGAAAAGACUGAGGGAUGAAGUGGCUCCUACUGUUCGAAAUGUCAGCCAGAUCUCCCCAGUUCUAAAAGAUUUCCUGGACCGUAUGCUGACUCGGGACCCCCUAGAGCGGGCCAGUGCCACUGACCUGCUGGAGCACCCCUUCUUGCUGCAGAGUGGUUCACCUCAGUGCCUGGUCCCGCUGGUGGAGCAGUAUCGUAAGCGCAUGUCCCGCUGCUGA